AUGAUUCCUUCCACUCUCUUCUCCGUCAUCGGCUUAGCAACCGCCGUCAUUGCCGCCCCUCCUCACCGUCGCACGCUAGCUGCCGACGAUGUCAUCCUCCUCGGCCACGACGGUACCUCUAGAAUCAUAAAGGCAUCGGCCUACGACGCCCUCGAGACGGCGACCCCCUUACCCGAGCAAAUCACAUCAUACAACACCACAAGCACACCAGGCCUCCUCCGUCGCGGCUGCGAACAAAGCACCGAGGUCCAGGUCACCUCGGACGAACAAUUCCUCAACUGGGACGUCGCCAUCUCCCCCGUGGCGUCCUCGUCAGCGGGUAGCUCCGCCAUCAUCAGCAUCUCCGACGGCGUCAAAAUCAAGAACACGCUCAAAAUCGGCUCGCAGAUUAGCUUUGGCGGUCCAAAGAUUAUCAGCGUUUCCUUGAACAUGAACCUCGACAUGUCGUGGUCUACUUCGCAGGAGAACUCGCUCCAGUUCGGCGUCCCGGCCAAUCGGUACGGCGUCAUCGUCAGCCAGCCCUCUGUCCGUCGCGUGCAGGGCAAUGUGUUGACGGGGUGCACGGAUAGCCCGACCAGGGCGCCUUUCGUGGCGGACACGUAUGAGAGCCAGGGGUAUGGCCAGUUGUCUUGGGUGAAGGGUGUGAUCCGGCUUUGCACGAGCGAGACGUAUCCUAUUCCCUUUUGCAUUGGCGAGGGUGAGCAUAGAUGA